AUGGCAAUUUCAAAUAAUGUGGACCCAGUCUCUCAAUUAUCAUUUCCCCCUGGGUUUAGGUUCUAUCCAACUGACGAAGAAUUAUUAGUUCAAUAUUUAUGUAGAAAAGUGGCCGGAUAUAAUUUCUCAUUGAAUAUCAUUGGUGAAAUUGAUCUCUACAAGUUUGAUCCUUGGGUUCUACCAAGUAAAGCAAUAUUUGGUGAAAAAGAAUGGUAUUUCUUUAGUCCAAGAGAUAGAAAAUAUCCAAAUGGAUCAAGACCAAACAGAGUUGCAGGUUCUGGAUAUUGGAAAGCAACCGGAACUGAUAAGAUUAUAACAACUGAAGGUCGAAAAGUCGGAAUCAAGAAAGCUUUGGUUUUUUACAUUGGUAAAGCUCCUAAAGGAACUAAAACCAAUUGGAUUAUGCAUGAGUAUCGCCUUUUGGAGAAUUCUAAAAAACAUGGCAGCUCUCGUUUAGAUGACUGGGUAUUAUGUAGAAUUUACAAGAAAAAUUCAAGUGCUCAAAAAGCUGUAUCAUCUUCAAGUGAAGUAAAUUCAAUGACAACAUCUAAAGAACAGAGUAGUAAUGGAACUUCAUCGUCUUCAUCUUCUUCACAAUUUGAUGAUGUUCUUGAUUCAUUACCUGAAAUCAAUGAUCAAUUAUUUUCGCUUCCUAGAACGAAUUCACUCAAGAAUUUCCAAGAUCAGGAAAACAAACUGAUGAUGAAUUUUCAAAACUUGGAUACUUCAAAAUUUGAUUGGAGUAGUUUAGCUGCCAUGGCAUCUUUACCAGAACUUAACAACAAUGGCAAUCAGGAAAUCGGGAGGUCUACCACGAACAAUCAAGCAUACCCAGAUUCAAUGAAUUAUCAUCUUCAACAAGUAAAUUCUUCGUCAAAUGGGAGAUCAUCAAUUGAGGAGGAAGUAGAAAGCCGAAUCGGUUCACAACUACAGCGUGUUAAUUCGGCAAAUUAUUUUCAACAAAACUCGAACGAUUUCUUACAGAAUUAUAAUAACGAGUCGUUCGACUCGUUUGGGCUUAGGUAUCUGACACAACAUCCAGUGUCAGGUGGAAGUUCCCGGUAUAAAGUAUAA